AUGGCGACGACAGCGGAGCCAGAAGCGAAGACCUACUGGUGCCACAAAUGCGAUAUGAGCGUGUCCCUUACACUCCUUCCCUCGCCUCUCCUCUGUCCCCAUUGCCACACCUCCUUCCUCAAACUAAUGGACUCUCUCUUCUCCCAAAACGAUGUCGAAUCAACCCCCUUUGACCUCAUUUUCCAGGACGCGCUCUUACUCCUCUCCCCGAAACCCCUCCCCGCCAAACCCCACCCUCUCUCCUCCGUCAACGUCACACCCUCGCUCCUUUUCGCGCUCGACCCCAACGGCUUCGUUUUCUUUGCUGUGUGCAAAGACCAAAUUUCCCUCUUUGACGCCGAGGCCAAAUAG